AUGGCAAAGUCAAAGAGCAAUUCGGGCGUCCAGAACAGAGCCAUAUACUCCAGAGCCUCCUAUCUCUACCAAGCGGCCAGCUACCUCGCCUGCCGCGCCAAUGAAGCUGAUGCGGGCAGGCCACCCUCGGAUGGAGGAUCAAAGGAUAAGCCGUCCCUAGAGAAAGGAUCCCAAGGCGCGAACAAUGCCCAGGUUUCAAGCGACAAGCAACGCAAACAGCUGCGCAACAUGUCUCGCCGUGCUAUCUCUGAAAUGAGGGCCGUGACGCUCAAGACGCAGAUCCGGCAAAGCCAGGCUCUCAAGCGCACCGUCUGCAAGUUCUGCGACACCCUGCAGGUCGAGGCCCACACGUGCCGCUCCACCAUCGAGAACCCGAGCAGGGGCGGCCUCAAGCCGUGGGCGGAUGUCCUGGUCAUGCGAUGCAGGACGUGCGGUAACGCGAAGCGGUUCCCCGUCUCCGCACCGCGGCAGAAGCGCAUGACGCUGCGUUCCCCGAAGCACGCACAGGCGGGGGACAGGGGCGAGUCAAGCAAUGUUGACCAAUCGGGACAGAAUGGUUGA